CCCAAACGCGUGGAAGGCCCGGCCCGAAGUCUCAGCGGCGCGUCUGCCCACUUGGUCGUCAUCCUCGCCGCCGAUUCAACGCCUCGCCCGCUCCUCCUCCUCCUCCUCCUCAGUCCGGCCGUCUCCAUGCCGACGAGGUCCAACCCCCCCGAGCUCAGAGGUGCGCGCGCCUCCUCCUCCCCCGCUCCCCCUUCCACUCCACAGUCCACACCACGCCCCUACCAGUUCCCGCGGCGCCGAGCUCCUUCUCGUGUUUGUUUGGUUAGCUGGGUCCCUUUCGCCAUCCCGAGGCGUGCCUUGUACGCUCCACCCCGUGCCCCCCUCGAUCCCUUGUCGAGGUCGCCGGCCCGCCAUGAGCUACGACCACGAGGCGCCCCGCUCUUGGAGUUCCCAACCGGCCUAGCCGUGUCGUGUAGGACGGGGCGGCGCGGGUUUAAAUGGCGGGCGGAGGCCACCAUUUUGUGCCAGUGCAGCAGCCAGCCCGGGGCGGGGUUCCCGGUCGAGAUCCGCCGUUCGCAUGACUGCAGUUAAUAUUUUUGUUCUCUCGAGGCUUCUGGCUUGCACUAGUUAAUUAGCAACUUCAUUCCCUGGUUCCUUCCUGAUGGAGGCAUCGUCUUGCUUGCGCUACCAAUUCUGCGGUUUUGGUUUGUCCUGGAUAUGGCUAUGUCUUCUUUUACUGCGUCUCUUUCAGAAUUGCAGCCCGGUGCUCUCAGAAUCUCCUUAUCUCGUCGGCUUGGGGAGCUAUGACAUAACAGGGCCUGCGGCAGAUGUUAACAUGAUGGGAUAUGCAAAUGCUGAGCAGGUUACAGCAGGGAUUCACUUCAGGCUAAAGUCACGAGCGUUUAUUGUCGCCGAGCCUGAUGAUGGAAAGCGUGUUGUCUUUGUGAAUCUCGAUGCUUGCAUGGCAUCACAGCUUGUGACUAUAAAGGUGCUCGAAAGGCUAAAAGUGAGGUACGGUGAUCUUUAUAGUGAGAAUAAUGUGGCUAUCAGUGGCAUCCAUACCCAUGCUGGGCCUGGAGGUUAUCUGCAGUAUGUAGUCUAUAUUAUCACAUCACUUGGGUUUGUUCGCCAGUCAUUCGAUGUAAUUGUCGAUGGCAUUGAGCAAAGUAUUGUUGAAGCUCAUAACAAUCUCCGUCCUGGGAAAAUCUAUGUGAAUAAAGGUGACCUUUUGGAUGCUGGUGUGAAUCGCAGCCCGAGUGGGUAUCUGAAUAAUCCAGCUGAAGAGAGAAGCAAAUAUCGAUACAAUGUUGAUAAAGAAAUGACCCUUGUUAAGUUUGUGGAUGAUGAAUUCGGUCCAGUUGGAAGUUUUAAUUGGUUUGCGACUCACGGAACAUCAAUGAGUCGUACAAAUUCUUUGAUAAGUGGUGAUAACAAAGGAGCAGCUGCACGUUUCAUGGAAGACUGGGCUGAACAAAAUGGCCUUCCGAAGCAGACAGGUCAUGCAAAUUCUGAUGAUUUUGGAUCUUUGCACCUUCCGAGAAGAGUCUCUACAAUAAUACCAGAGCCAGAUGAGAUAACGGAUGACUUAAUGCAAUUAGCAUCAUCCUACGAGGCCUCAGGUGGCAGAAUAUUGGCAGGUUCAAAUAUCACUAGGCGCAUUAGAAGCACUCAAGAAAAGAAUGCCAAAUUUGUUUCCGCAUUUUGCCAGUCAAACUGUGGAGAUGUUAGUCCAAAUGUCCUGGGAGCAUUUUGCAUAGACACCAACCUUCCUUGUGACUUCAAUCACAGCACGUGUAAUGGGAAGAACGAACUUUGCUAUGGACGAGGCCCAGGGUAUCCUAAUGAGUUCGAAAGUACCCGCAUAAUUGGGAAUAGGCAAUUUCUGAAGGCUGUAGAUCUCUUUAAUUCUGCUUCGGAAGAACUACAAGGAAAAAUUGACUAUCGUCACACUUACUUAGAUUUCUCACAACUCGAAGUUAGUGUUUCUACGAGUACGGGAGGUCAGCAGGUGGUGAAAACAUGCCCAGCAGCCAUGGGAUUUUCAUUUGCUGCUGGAACCACAGAUGGCCCUGGAGCUUUUGAUUUCAAACAAGGAGAUGACAAGGGAAACCCCUUCUGGAGAUUAGUGGGGGGCAUACUAAAGAAACCAGGGAAAGAGCAAGUCGAGUGCCAAGCUCCAAAACCAAUAUUGCUAGACACUGGUGAAAUGAAGGAACCAUAUGAUUGGGCGCCUGCGAUACUCCCCAUUCAGAUCAUAAGAAUCGGUCAGCUGGUUAUCUUGUCUGUUCCUGGAGAAUUCACGACAAUGGCUGGCAGGCGGUUACGCGAUGCUAUAAAAAAUGUACUGAUAAGUGGCAGCAAUGGUGAAUUUAAUUCCAACACUCACGUUGUUCUUGCGGGGCUGACAAACACAUAUUCUCAGUAUGUUACAACAUUCGAAGAAUACCAGGUCCAAAGAUACGAGGGUGCGUCAACUUUGUACGGCCCCCAUACCUUGAGUGCAUACAUUCAAGCUUUUCAGAAACUUGCCACAGCUAUGAUUGAAAACAAAGAGAUCCCAGCAACAAACAUCCUACCUCCUGACAUGUUGGACAAGCAAAUCGGACUGCUGCCAGGCGUCGUUCUCGACUCGACUCCUCCUGGUGUUCACUUUGGGGAUGUCAGCUCCGACGUCGAAGCAAACUCAGACUUCAGGAAGGGCAGUACCGUGAAUGCUACAUUCCAUUCGGCCUGUCCACGGAAUGACCUUCUAACUGACGGUACCUUCGCCCUUGUUGAGAGACUAAAUGGUAACGACUGGAUCCCUGUCUACGACGAUGACGAUUGGUCUUUGCAAUUCAAGUGGUCGAGGCCUUCGAAACUCAGUCCGGAGAGCUUUGCGACGCUGGAGUGGACCAUUCCUGAAGAUGCUGCCCCUGGUGUUUAUAGGCUGAGGCAUUUUGGUGCCUCCAAGGCGCUGUUAGGGUCGAUCGAGCAUUUUACAGGUACCUCUCGCGCGUUUGCAGUGCGUUAAGCAAUACACAACUAGUGGCGUUGUCCGAGAUCGUAUGGAACUGCUGCUCUUUAUGCUUUUGUUACAAGGAAAUAUAUAGCGUGUACAUUAGGGAAAAUACAUCGCAUUAUGGAGUGCUUGUUCAUAUUAUUACCAUCAUGUGGAUAUAUUAUAUAUAUAGUUCAGAUUGUACCAUCACCAGAUUGGAUGUACGUAUAUGUUAAGGUUAA